GCAAGAGUUGUCUGUCAUAGUGCAGCUAGCUAGGUUGCAUAUUAAACUUGGGCAACACUGUUACUCAAAAAUAAUGGCAGACGACGAGAAACUUCCCUCAGGCUGGGAGAAACGGAUGAGUCGCAGUUCAGGUAGGGUGUACUAUUUCAACCAUAUCACCAAUGCCAGCCAGUGGGAGCGUCCAGUAGGGGAUGGUCGUGGAGAGCCAGAUAAGGUGCGCUGCUCUCACCUCCUUGUGAAGCACAACCAGUCACGCCGACCAUCUUCCUGGCGAGAAGAGAAUAUCACACGUACUAAAGAUCAGGCUCUAGACCUCAUUCAAAAAUAUAUAGAGCAGAUCAAGUCUGGAGAGGAGGAGUUUGACGCUCUUGCUUCUCAGUUCAGCGACUGCAGCUCUGCCAGGAAUGGUGGAGACCUGGGACUGUUUGGCAGAGGUCAGAUGCAGAAGCCUUUUGAAGAAGCUGCCUUUGCUCUAAAAAUAGGAGACAUGAGUGGUCCUGUGUUUACCGACUCUGGGGUGCACAUCAUCCUUCGUACCGGAUAAAAAGGCCACUCUCCCUCUCACACACACCAUCACACAUAUAAAGUCCAAUCCAACCAGUCUUUUAAAGUUCCAUUCCAUGUUUUAACUAUAUACACUUAACAUUAAAAGCUUAUCAAAAUAGGGCAUAUAGGCUGCAUCACAGAAUUUUAAGUUGGGUCAUACACCUCUUAGAAUGGUUGCAUAUGUAGGAAUAAUUGCAGUGAUUUGCAAGUGGUAUUAUUCAAAGACUUUGAAUAAUACUCUAGACUGCUCCUAUUGGAACUCUUACUUUUUAACAUAUGUAUACCAUUGAUAACCUCUUGAUUGAAAAUCAGAUUCCAUGUGACCUGGAAAGGUAGCUCAUUUGGCAUCAAUUUGAAAUGAUGCAAGACCAAAUGAGAAGUGGAGGAUAAGAUUGUGUGUAAAUGCUUGCAUAUUUGGUUGAAUGGUUUUUGUUUUUUUCUCAUAAGGACCACUUAAAUUACACCCCCCUGUGUGCCAAAGGACUUGUUAAGAGUUCUUUAAAACACUUAAGUUAUGAUAGAUUCCCAUAGAUAUAGUGGAGGGUGUAGGGAGAACAUUGAUAUAUUGAGUUUUCAGUAGCACAGUCGUUUUGUCCUGUCACGUGGGGUCUCACCAGACACAUGCAGUAGACACAAUCUGGUUUUCCUUCCCUGCUUCUGAAAAUUACAUGUCGCGAUGUUGUUAUUUGUUUUGUUUUUUUGAAACAGAGACAAAGUGUUGAAAACCUUUUAUGGCACUGUUGAGAAUUGAUUUGUCUUUACACAUAUUCCACAUUUUUUAAAAGUCCCUGUGUCUGAUGGGAAAUUGUGUAAAAACUAAAGGUUAAUAUGGCUGACACUAACAACAUGUAAGAAUUGUUCUUCCACCAUUAAAGAGGCUCUGGUU